AUGGCCCUCGACCUGGACCGCGUCGUUUCGACGCACCGACUCGUCGACGAGGAAAAGGUCCUUCAGCUCGGCCUAGCGCAUUUCGGAUACGUGCGCAUGCUGCUCGUCCUCGUGCCGGCCUCGAGCAUCAUCUUCGGCAUGGCAUUACGGCUGGCCGUCACCUACGCGAGCAGGUACUUUCGCGACCGGUGGGUCUACCGCGUCGUCGUGCCCGUCCUCUCGGUCCUCGCGACGGGCAGCAUCGCUGCCCAGGUCGCGCUCGUCUUUCAAACGGUCACCGUCAUCGUCGAGCGCUCGAGCACGCACCUUGACCGCUCGCCGAUCACGGUCCUCGCCCAGGUAUGCGCGACGGCCAUGAGCAUCAUCGCCCGAGGGUUCUUCAUCUCGCGCAUGUACGAGCUCAACAAGAGCCCGUUUAUCCUGUCGACGGCCAUCUUCCUCUGGCUCGCCGCGACCGCCUUCCUCCUCGCGUGGGAGGUCGACUAUUCCAACCCGAAACUGGUCAUCGGCUCGCCUAUAACUUGGGCAAACAUUGGCAGCUGGUCGCUCUUCGUCGGCUCGGCGUUCGUCAGCGCCGUCCUCUUCCGGGAGCUACGAAGCCUGCUCGGCCGCUCUCUGCACACCCUGUCCGUGCGCGACCGCGCGGCCGCCUACGCCAAGAUUUGGGUUGAGUCGUCGGGCCUGCUCGCCGUCGCCUACCUCGCGAGCAGCCUCACACAGGCGAUCAAGGACGGGUCGGCCGUCGCGCGCCUCACGUCCAUCUGGACCUUCCUCAUCGUGCCCCUCGUCGCCAUCUUCUCGGUCAUGUUCUCGCUCGUCUCGAGACCCUCGCCGCCGUCCGUCACGCCCCGCUCGUCGACCAUGGGCAGCCGCAGUCGCACCAAGCGCAGCAACUCGGCCCUGUCGCGCUCGCGCAACGGCGGCGGCGGCGCCGACCUCUUCUCGCUGCAGCGCAUGCGGUGCUCAGGCGCGCGCGACGUCGACGACGACGACCACCUGCCGCCGGUGCCCGCCAUGCUCGAGACCAACUCGGUCUCGCGCCCCGUGCGCGGCGGCGGCGGCGCCGUCCUCCCCGACGCGGCCGCGCGAGCCGCAGGCCCCGUCCAGCCGGACGACCCGCGCACCUGGCGCGGCGACGCAGGGCGGCUCUUCCCCGCGCUCCAGUUCGACCCAGCGCACUCGCUGUCGACGGCUGGGCGCAGCAGCACGCUCUCGGCGUCGUUCCAGGGCACGACCGACUUUGACACGUUCUCGCUCCCGCAAGUCGCCGCGCUCAGGCGCGAGUCGAGCACGCCCAUCCUCGGUCGGUCGCCGACCACGUCGUCGAUCCAGCACGCCUCGUCGACACAGCAGCAGCACGACGGCGCGGGCUCGGCGCCGACGCUGCACGAGGCGGCAGAGUACGACGAGGCGCUCGUCGACUUGCACCCGACCGUCGCGAGCCUCGACCUUGACGCGUUCGAGACGUGCAACCCGCUCGUGUGGGGCCCACGACGACGCGCAGCAGACGAGGAGCAGGAGCAGGGCGUUCGACGAGAACCUGAGCGAUCUCCUCCCUCGGCCUCUUCCCCUUCUUGA